UUCUCAUUUCAAGUUCAGCCAUUGCUGCCCUUUUUUUUCCCUGCUUGUAUUGUAUCACUAGCACUAUGAGUUUUCUAUGGUCCUUUGGCUCAUCAAAAAAACCAGCAAGUAUACCGCUUUGUCGCCAUAUUUAAAAAUGUCCAUUGCCUAAUGUAGCCAUGGUGACUCACAGGAACCCCCGGUGGUCCUGCCAACGCCGUCCCCUCCGGCUUUCAAAGCCAUGAGCACGUCCUUUCGUAAAGGCGUGCAGUACAACAUGAAGAUUGUCAUUCGUGGUGAUGUCAUGACGGGAAAAAGCAUGCUUUUUAAUCGAUUGCAGGGAGCUGAAUAUGAAGAAGCGUACUCGUCCACGUCGCAAAUUCAGGUGGCUAACAUUCCUUGGCAUUAUAAAGAUUCCAGUGAUAUUGUCAAAAUCGAAGUAUGGGACGUUGUUGAUAAGGCGCAUAAUAACAGUACGAAGAAAAGUGAAUCGGGGAUCAAGUUGGAGCAUCAUCCAUCGGGCCAGUCACCGCGUGUCGAGAAACAACCUCAGGAAACGACAGAACAAUCUGAUCUAGCUCUUGACGCAUCCACUGUCAACGUCUACAGAAACAGCCAUGCUGUUAUCUUUAUGUUUGACAUUACCAAACCGUGGACAUUUAACUAUGUCAAGAGAAAUUUGGAAGACGUACCAGAAACUGUGGCGGUCUUGGUCCUUGGCAACUUUUCGGACAAGAGUGCUGAGCGAAAAGUAUCUCUUGAUGAGAUUCAUGCUGCUUUAUACGAUCAAAAUACACUGCGGAUUGAUAAGGGGGCUCUGAAGCCGAACCUCAUCCGUUACGCGGAAGCAAGCAUGAAAACAGGUCUCGGUCUGAAAUUUAUCUAUGACUAUCUUGGCGUUCCGUUCAUGCAACUGAUGAUGGAGUCCUUGCGGAAACAACUCGAGCUUAAAGCAGUAGAAAUUGUGGAUUUAUUGGAGGAUUUGGAUGUCGAGGAAGACGUACCCUCGGUGAUGAGACGAAGGAGAGGUCAAGACAAUUUCGAUCAACCCGCUGACACACAUCUUGCGCAACAACAUAAUGACAUGAAAAAAGCGUGGGACGAGGAAUUGGAGAUGAUUGCUGCAGAGAAUCCAUCUCCUUUGGAUACCGUGCUUGAUUCCUCUUUUUAUCGUGCCGACACCCCGCCUCCACCGGCAGCGCCUGCGGACGGGCGAACGCGCAAAGGCUCUCUGAUUUCCGAUGUACCACCUGCUGUCGAGUUGGGAGAAACAGAGACGCUGGAUGACGAUUGGUUCAAGGACGAGCCUAGUACAAAGAAUUUGCCAAUUUCCCUUUCAACUCACUAUAACAACGACUCGGAUGGUGAAAAUCCAGGCAACCCUAUGGUUGCCGGAGAUGAGGAUGUGGAAUCGAUUGAAUAUUACGAUGAACAGGAGCGAGAAAUCGUGAAACCCGCCUUGAAAGCCCCGGAACCCGUCGCUGAAGAAUCGGAUCAUUCGGAGGACGAUCAAUCCCAUCAACCGCCCAUCUACAAGAGCGACUUAUCCGGCGUUUGGGGAGCUGCAAGACAGAUGGAAGCGACGGUUGUCCACUCGGAUAGUGAAGAUGAGGAUAACGUGUUACGGUCUCAUGAUUCGUUUAUUGACCCGCCUUAUGCCACUGUCGAUCGAUCUUCACCGUUUGGUUUUGGUGGUUAUGAAGAGAUUGGCGGUCACGACGACAAUCCUUGGUCGGCCCAUGGUGAACCCUCCAAUUACGAAGCACCGUUUUCAGAAACUACUUCCGAGGCACCCAACGCUUCAUUUUAUGACGAGAGUGAGACAACGGAAGUACCAAAAUAUGAGAUUACAUCCGAAGUGCCUUUGUCUUCCAUGGAAACCACAGCUGCGAAAGAAAAGAAAAAGAAGACAAAGAAGAAGAAAUCCAAGGACAGUAAGAAGAAAAAGAGCGAUUUCUCUGCUGUAUAAAAUGAAUCCAAAUGAUAGCCGCAUCAGUGUCGCUGUGUAUAUGAUCACCAUUGAAAACCAUACCUCACACAACCAUUUCUUAUAUAAAUUGAAUCUAUCCCUGUAUUAUCCUUUUCUUUUUCUAUUUUAUAUGCUCGGUCGCUUCAUCAUUCAUAAUCGAGAUGUCAAUUAAUGCAUAUUCACCGUUCAAACGGAACUUUCAC